ACAACCCACCGGUCCACCGCUGUAUAUCCGACCAGAAUAUUGGUGGUACAGGUAUGCGUGUUGAUCAAUCCAGAACAGCGGCUUCGAAUGGACCUCAAGGAGAGCCGGUACUCCGAGGUCCCCUUGGCCGAUGAACCCAGCUCGAAAGAGCUCAUCCUCGUCCUGGGAAGUAUCUGGGUAGGAGUCUUCCUGGCUGCCUUGGACACUACAAUUGUCGCUACUCUCACUGCUCCCAUCUCGUCUUCCUUCCAGUCCUUUACUUUACUGUCCUGGCUCGCAACCUCCUACCUGAUUUCUAAUGCUGCCUUUCAACCGCUGAGUGGACGUCUUACUGAUAUCUUCUCUCGGCGGACUGGUCUGGUCUUUUCGAAUAUCUUCUUCGCGGCCGGGAACUUGAUCUGUGGCCUGGCAGAAACCGAGGGGACUAUUGUACUGGGGCGCGUCAUCGCCGGUAUCGGUGGCGGCGGGCUAACUGCGAUCUCGACCUUUGUCACCUCCGACUUGGUGCCCUUACGGAAACGUGGGGUGUGGCAGGGGAUUGGUAACAUCUGUUAUGGUGCCGGAAGUGGACUGGGUGGUGUGUUUGGAGGAUGGAUCAAUGACACUCUGGGAUGGCGAUGGGCCUUUUUGAUCCAGGUACCUUUUGUCGUGGUGUCCGGCAUCCUCGUAGCGGCCACAGUACGAGUGCCGGUCAAGGCCACGGACAACGCCAAAUUGAAACGGGUUGACUUCCUCGGAGCCCUCACUCUGGUUGCCAGUCUCGUCCUGCUUCUGCUCGGGCUGAAUACUGGUGGCAAUCAGGUCCCAUGGACGCACCCUUUGAUCCUUGUCUCAUUGCCGCUCUCCGCGGUAUUCUUUGGCCUCUUCAUCUACGUCGAGGCCAACAUCGCGUCCGAACCGGUCAUUCCUGUCCGGUUGCUUCUGGAUCGCACAGUAUUUUCAGCCUGCCUGACCAAUUGGUUCAGCACGAUGGCGGUGUUUGGGCUUUUGUUCUACCUGCCGUUGUUCUUCCAGGUCCAAGGUUUGUCCGCCACAAGUGCGGGUGUGAGACUGAUCCCCCAAGCCAUUGGCACCUCUCUCGGCUCACUGGGAUCGGGGAUCCUGAUGCGGUCGACCGGACGAUACAAGAUUUUCAGCUAUGUGUCCAUGACUCUGAUGGUUCUCUCCAAUGUGCUGAUCUGCACGCUGUCGCUCACAACCCCGUCGUGGCUACCCUUCAUCUACUUCUUCCUGAUGGGUACCGCCUAUGGAAGCAUGCUGACCAUUACGUUGGUGGCACUUAUCUCUGCUGUAGACCAUGAGCACCAUGCAGUUAUCACAUCCGCAUCAUACGCAUUUCGCAGCACAGGAAGCACCAUUGGCAUCACCGUUGCCUCUGCCGUGUUCCAAAAUAUCCUCAAAACCGGACUAUGGUCUCGGUUUGGAGAUCGCGAGCAUGCUGGCGAGCUGAUUGGACGGAUCCGCGAUAGCCUCGAGGAAAUCAGGAAGCUCCCUACAGACUGGAUCCCGGGGGUAUUGGACUCAUACAUGGACUCUUUGCGCGCCGUGUUUCUGACGUUGCUGGGACUCAGCGUACUGGGGGCGGUAGUCACUACAGGACUGGGAGGAAAGUUGACGGAACAUACCACUACGACCCCCAUGCAAAUAGAUAAUCAAAUACAAGAAGCCCCGGGCUCUUCUCCCCCUCGUCGGAAACGCUUACUCCUCUCCACCGAGAGUGCUUUUGUCGACAACAUACUUCCAUCGCUGGUUCAGAAUCCCGAUAUCGAAAUACGAUUGAUUACGGACGAGCCCUCCGCCCUUCUGUCGGGCGCAAGCAAGGUUCCUCAUUAUAUGGACACGGUGGAUAGUCAAACAUUCGAAAAGAAGACUGGGGCUCGGAAAUGGCUCAAGGCCAAGGCGGCGGAAUUAUGCGAGUGGGCUGACAUGCUGCUGGUUGCGCCGAUAGAUGCUGGAGCGUUGGGGUCGAUGCUUUAUGGGCUGACCAACACGUUGACGUUGGCGCUCCUGCGGGGUUGGAUCUCGUCCAAGCCGGUGGUGCUGAUCCCUGGAAUGACGGUUUCGGAAUGGCACCAUCCACUGAGUAAAAGGCAACUCCGAGAGGUGGCAGAGUUCUGGCCAUGGAUAAGUGUGGUGUCACCGGUGCUGUGGGAAUCGGUCAGUCCGGAGGAGCUGGUUCAGCUACCAUGGGAAGGCUUAAAAGAACUACAUGAAGUUCUCGAACGAACUUUGGAUCUAUCGUUCUCUCAGGUCUCCACUAAGCCUGGCCAGCUUCCAGAUUCCACAUACCCGACCGGCAUUUCGGAGCAGAUGCCUGGUGAUGCGGCGUCCACGAUAUCGCGACACCUCCUGCAUCGAAGCAAUAAAACGGAAAGUGGCCCGCGCUCACUACCCAUGGAGCUUUGGCUCAAUAUCUUCGAGGACCAAUUACACGACUGGGAGAUCGCAAAGGCAGUUGGUAUUCCAACCAAUCUGCCCGUGCCGAAGGAAUGGCAAAAUCACUUGUUGAAGAUGUCGACCCCAGCCUCCUUGGAAUACACCAUUCUCAGAGGAUCCUUCGCUGCGAUCAAAAAGCGUAUUGACAGCCUGCCACGAUGGAAGCCCCUCUCCGACCUUGUAUGCCAUCUCAUCUUCAAGUUCUCUCGAACCGACAUCCUCUCCUACCUCACCGAAAACCAUCUCGAUCUACUCUGGACCACCUCCCGACUCACCAACCUCCCCUACCGCGCAUCCGCCAUCUACGGAAAUCCCAACAUCCUCACCUGGUGGCGCGAUGCUCCCGCCCUCCCCAACAAAGAAUACAUCGCCGACGCAAUGGACGGAGCCUCCCGCGCCGGCUUUGUCGACGUCCUAGAAUGGUGGCGAACCUCCGGCCUCGAACUUCGGUAUACCGAGCGCGCCCUUGAAGCCGCCAGUGCCGAAGGCCGAGUAGCCGUCCUCGCCUGGUGGAAAGCCGCCUCGGCCAACGCACCCCCUUCCAACCCCAUCCCCCUCAAAGUUGGUAAAUCUGUCCUCCUUGCUGCCCAAUCCGGUCGUACCGCUUCCCUAGCCUGGUGGGACGCCUCUGGCAUCCCCUACACCCAUGGCGAAUCCGUUGCCCGCAUCGCCAGCACACACGGCCACGUCCACGUCCUCGACUUCUGGUACCGUCUGAAAGGCGCCAAGAUGAUCUUCGAUAGCCAAGUUCUCGUCGGGCCCACCAAGAAUGGUCACGACAAUGUCCUGGAAUGGUGGCGUCGUAGCGGACUCCGCGUCGAAUUCAAAACCUGCGACAUCGAAGAAGCUCUCGAAGACGCGGACCCAGUCUCGGGUGCUGAAGAGCGUGUCCGCAAAUGGUGGGCUCGGAACGGGCUUAACCUCGGUGUCGGGACGAUGUUGUGAUUGAUCAGGUUUAUUUUCUUUUAUUACUUGUUGAGAUACCUCAAAUCUUUUUCCUACUUGCUCUUUUCUUUCUUGUCCAUCCACACAAACAUCAUUGAAAGUUACUUCUAAUACCCCGUUAUUAUCUUCGUUUCUUCUCCGCUGGCGUCUUUUCUACCAUUCCAUCGUCCUUCUGUUCAUACCUAUUUUUCUUCUAUUACUUUGCAUGGAGGGCCUGGGCUGGUAUAUAUUAUCGCAUUGCAUGCAUGCUAUCGUGCACGGGGAAGAAUAUGAACUCGAUAUUUAGCGUUGCUUUUAUUGUUGUACCUACCUUGUAGGAUAGCUUAACGGCAACUCUUCUCUAGUACUUUUAAUACAUUCGAGUAGUAAGAGGG